UCUAACACGACCUUGUUGCUGUUUCAGCGUGUGUUAGUUGACAACUUGACACUGGCUGUCAGAUUGUACUAUGGCUUUGACGUUGCACGAUUUUUGCCUGAAGGUGUGGGAGCCGGUGUUAGCUAAAGCUAGGCGAGCGGUGGUGUUCCUUGACACGCCGUGUGCUGAGAUCCUACAUUGGUGCGGUGGUGCUGAGCUGCUGCUCAAUUCUGGCGCAGUGGACGUUAAGGAGUUUUCAAGCUUCGAGUCUGGAACUAACAGUCAACCUAAGGCUUUAUUCGUGGUGAGCUCCCCUCUAAGAGGCCGUGUGAUGGAUGUGGUCCGGGACGUGGUGAGUCAGAGUGCUUUCCAGUACUGUGUGCUGGUGACCGCCGUGAGCCCAGGAGAGUCAGAGGGCCGUGCCAGUCACGAACAGUUGGAGGAGAGACUGUGCGAGUGGAUGGGGAACAUGAACUACACUGCUGAAGUGAUGUGGGCUCCGUUACUUCUCGCCCCGCUGGCCCCUCACCUGCUCACAGCCCCAGCCUAUUCCUCCUUGUUCCCCCUGCUAACACCUGAAGACUUGCAGACCCUCAACUGGAGCCGCCCGGAAAAGAAGAGGUUCGCUGGUUUAGGUGAUGUUGAUUUACCAUCGCUGACCCCCGAGCUCCAGCUUCAGAUCAAGAAUUUGGUAUCUGGACUCAACUACCUCAUGGAGGGCAUCGGGGUUCGCGAGGAGUGUUUCUCUGUAGGGCACAUGAGCAGAAUAAUUGCUGGGGAGCUAGCCAGCUACCCACAGGCUAAAAACCGCAGGAAGGCUUCACAGAGCAAGGCAUCACUAGUCUUCAUAGACAGGACUUUGGACCUAACGGGAUCUGUUGGACAUCAUGGAGAUAGCCUGGUGGAGAAAAUUGUGUCCGUGCUUCCCUGUAUUCCUGGACAUAGCAAUGAUGUUAUGGUUAAUAUGGAAGAACUUACAGGCCUUCGGAGUGAAGCAGAGAAUGAGGGAAUUAUAGCUCCAGGAUGUUUAGCACAGCCAAAUGACUCUGCUGCCAAAGCCCUCUGGGAGUCCAUAUUGAACAUGAAGCAGAAGGAAGCAGUGAUGGAAGUCAGGAGACAUCUAGUGGAAGCAGCUAGUAGGGAGAAAUUGCCCAUUAAGAUGAGUAUGGGUAGAGUCACACCUGAGCAACUCCGAUCACAUAUCCAACUCUUCAAGGGAAACGGACAAGCUUUGGAGAGUCACUGUGGUCUCCUUCAGCUGGCAUUGGCUACAGUUCAGACAUUAAAGCAUCCUCAGUACUCAAAGUGGGACAACUUCCUAGCAUUUGAAAGGCACGUCUUACAGAGCACUGGAAAGUCUGAACUACCAACAGUCCUAAACCAAUUAUACCCAAUGAUUAAAUCUCAUAAUGAGAGAACAAAUGAUGACUAUAGUGUGGAAGAAAUCAUUAUUAUACUGAUCUAUAUUUACUCAGUGACUGGUAAUAUUGAGAUAAACAAAGAACUGGAAGUUAUUGAAAACCAAAUAAAGAAAUCUCUUGUCCAGUCUUUCUGCGAUGAGCCGGAGCUGAGCACUUUGUUACAAAAGAUAACAGGGAAAAAUCUCCAAGGAAACAUUAACACAAGGAAUCAAACACUGAAGGAAAAGUUCCUAGAAUGUGAGACAUCUCCUGAACUGACAUUAGAAAAAUCCAGAUCUGCUGUUGAGAAAAUCUUUGUGUCCUUACGUGAAAUUGCAAAGACUCGAGCAAACUUGAAGCAGCUCCAUUCAGUGUAUAUACCUGGGAGCAAUAUUCAACAGGCCUCGUACAAGCCUUUGUUGAAACAGAUUGUGGAGGAAAUAUUUCAUCCUGAUCGCACAGAGCCUGUCGAUAUUGAGCACAUGUCUUCUGGUCUCACUGACCUUCUAAAAACUGGAUUUAGCAUGUUUAUGAAGGUGAGCCGCCCACACCCUGGGGACUCUUCUCUUCUGAUCCUGUUUGUGAUUGGCGGCGUUACUGUGUCAGAGGUCCGAAUGGUAAAGGACCUUGUUUCAACGCUAAAGCCUGGAGUUCAGGUGAUCGUCUUGUCCACAAGACUUCUGAAACCGAUUGACAUUCCUGAAUUGCUGUUUGCAACAGACCGGCUACACCCAGACAUUGGCAUUUGAUUGUUUAUCUUUCAGCAGAUGAGUGAUAUUCCUGGGUUAAAAUCACAUCUUCCUUUAUUUUAAAAUGUUUAUUUUAAUGGUUAAUUGCAAUAAGAUGCCCUGAUGUGCAAACUUGUAAUUCAUUAUUAGGGUGUGUGGAUUUCAUUCCAAUUCAUUUGGAACUGUUUUCUCUGUUUAACUUUUUUUUUCUAAUGUGCUUUAACUUGCCUCUUAUUAUCUCCUGUUCUUUGCUUCUGGCAAAUUAGUACAAUUAAAAGAGAUUGAUUAAAAA